UGAAAUCCCAAAAAGCUUAAUGCAAGUUCUUCAAAAAUUGAGGCCUUGGUUCACAAGACUGUCACAGGUGUCUCAUCUGAUCUUUACACGUGGGGAACAACUUCGGCUGAGUUCCCCUGUUUUGAGCUAACCCUUUUUGCACACGCCAAACGCUUGAUCGCCAACUCCUAACAUCAGACGUCUCCAACCCCACCGAACAAGCACAUCUUCUGGCGAAGCUACCCAUGAAGAUGAUCGUGAUAGGAAUUUUUGACUCCUCUGCCGUCUACCGAGCUCUACCGAGGGCCAGGUCGAGCGUUUUUUCAUCCUAGUAAAUGCCUGUAAUUGGUGGUAAUUUUCACAUGAGCACCGGGCAAUACGUACUCCCAAGUCUGGAGACGAGCGGGUAUCAAAGGUCAAAACUAGGACUCUCCGAUCAUACUCUAGGGUCGUAUCCGGGAAAGUGGGAAGGCCAAGUACGUAUAUAUAUUCCAUAUGCUCCCUUUUAACUUUGGUAUCCAUUCACAUUCAUAUUUCGUUUCUUCGCUUCUUCAAAUCCUCAGACCAAACAUUCUUUUCACCUCACAGCUGUGCUGUUGCCAUUCUUUAUAUUCUCUCAUUCAGAAAUACCCGUUGGCCGAACCCAAUUAAACAACCAACCUUCAGCAUGCAUUUCUCCAGCUCCAUUUUGGCAAUUGUUCUUGCCCUCACCUCUACGGCUGCUUGCGCACCACUCGACAGACGUGCCUUGACCGCCAAAUCAUACAACGACUUCCAAAUUUCCGGUGGUGUUGGUGGAGAAGCCCUCGCUGAGGCCAACGCUCAAUUCCCUGUAAGUAUCCAAGUGACCCUACAGUUUCUUUGACCAUGACUAAUAUCUCGAUUAGGUCGGAACCGAUUUCAAGGCAGUCUCGAAGGAAGAUCUCAAGAUCAUUUCCGAAGCCGCUCAAGUCAGUGAGCAGGCUGAAGUUGCAAAAGGUGGUUUCAACGAUGCCAUCAAGGCAGAACCUGACAACAAAGCGAAGGCAGUCGGAAAAACCAAGAACAAGGUCUUGAAGUUGAUGACCGAUGUUUUGCGCUUGGAGAUUCAAGCAGCUCAAGGAAAGACUGGGUUGGAAUCUCAGAUCGAAACACAGAAGAAGAAGCUGGCCACGAACGUCAAACUUGAUGUCGCGAACAAAGGAAAGAAGAGUGAGGGUAUUAACUUCUCUGGUUAG